CAGACUUUCAACCAUCACAAACUAUGAAACUCUUCUCAUCAGAAGAAAAGUACUGAAAGAAAGAAAAUUGAAGAAGUUGACUGUUAUUUAGGUAAACAUGCCUACCGAUGAGAUUACGAAAAUGGAAGAAGGUGGACUUAAGCCCGAAAGGGAGUCUGGGUUUUGCGGUUCUCCUGAGGUAGUUCAAGUCAUACAAAAGGUAAUAGCAGAGGUUAUAGGGACAUACUUCUUGGUAUUUGCAGGGUGUUGUUCUGUGAUUCUAAACAAAGUGGAAGGAAGUAAAGGGACAAUAACGUUUCCAGGAAUUUGUGUGGUAUGGGGUCUAACAGUAAUGAUCUUGGUUUAUUCUCUUGGUCAUAUAUCUGGUGGCCAUUUCAAUCCAGCUGUUACUGUCAGCUUUGCAAUCUAUCGUCAUUUCCCUCUGAAACAGGUACCUCUGUAUCUUAUAGCGCAGGUGCUAGGAUCCAUCCUUGCUAGUGGGACAUUGUUCCUUCUAUUUGAUCUUGAUGAGAAUUCUUAUUUUGGAACAACACCAGCAGGAUCUCAUAUCCAGUCUCUAGUAUUCGAGAUCCUAACAUCAUUUCUCUUGAUGUUUGUUGUAUCAGCAGUUGCCACUGACAAUAGAGCAAUUGGAGAAUUGGCAGGGAUUGCUGUUGGCAUGACAGUCUUAGUAGACGUCUUCGUUGCUGGGCCUGUGUCAGGAGCAUCUAUGAACCCAGCCAGAAGCAUUGGACCUGCUUUGGUGAUGCACAUUUAUAAAGGAUUUUGGAUUUACAUAGUUGGACCCUUUCUUGGUGCCAUAUUAGGUGCCUCAGCUUAUAACCUUAUUAGAUUUACUGAUAAGCCUCUAAGAGAAAUCAGCCAAAGCUCAAGUUUCCUCAAAAGCGUAUCUAGAGGUGUUCGCUAGACGCAGGCCAUCAUUUUAAAUCACUUUUAGAUGUUAACUGCUUGACUACAAUAAGGCGAUGUCUCGAACCAAUACCGAGUGUAAAAUUAGAAUUUUAUUUUUAGAAUUUGUAUGUAAUUAUAUACAUCUUUCAAUUUGUACAACCUUUCAAAAUAUAAAGAAUAUGAUCUUUUUGAAGAAGGAUGGUGAAUAAGCAUGAU